GUGUGUGUCUCCUCAGUUUACCGGGGUGGCUCGAAUCAUUUGAGCGCAGUUGUUUUAAGACUGUCACGGAUUCGCUCCCUCGCUCGUUCAGUGGCACUUACUGGAGGUGACAACAACUGUGUGAGGGUCUUGAUCAGUGCCUGAAAUAUGUUUUCCCGUUGCUUCUUUACGAUGACUGUUGUUUAUUUUCUUCUCAGCAGUGGGACAAAAGCCACAAGCCCUGUGAAUGUGAGCGUGACUGUGGAUGUCGUCCCUGUCGCUGGACGUCUUGAGGUUACUUUGGCAACCUGCACAACUUCUAGUACGAAACCUGCUGCCGAGGUGUCAUGGAAUUUGGGCGCUUUAUCUGAUUCUGUGAAGGUAUCGACAAACACUGAGAAACAUUUAGAUGGGACGUUCACAGUCACAAGCAGUCUGAUUGCAGCUCCAACGGUACAGAUGAAUCAACAACAUGUCCAGUGUUUGAUCAAACAUGUUACGAUGAAAGAGGAACUACAAGUUGAUCACAAGAUCACUGUACACUAUCCACCUCAGCUGGUCUAUGUGACACCUUUCAACAAUCGCUCUAAUGCUGAGGUGUAUCAGUGUGAGGCAGAUGCCAACCCUUCAGCCACACACUUCAGCUGGCACAGCACACACCAGACAAUCCCUAACAAUGACAUUAAAGCAGAAGGAAAUAAACUCUACUUCUUGAAACGGACGUCUGACCUCAGUGGCCUGUAUAUCUGUGAGGCUUCAAACGAGUACGGUAAAGGAAUCGGCUCACUCUACUGGCAAAAAGGAGAAAAGACGGAAGACAAUCAUUCUGAGCUCUGAGUCCUUUAUACUGGAUGCAAUUCCAUAUUUUCUCAGUGUCAUCAGAGUCCCUUUAAGGAAAUUCAGAAAUAAAAGCUGGCGGCAAUUGUA